CUCAUAAUGGACUCUGGACUCUAACAAAACUGAACAAACUACAACAUAAAUGAAACCAAAUAUCUUCAAUUUAUCAAAACUUCUCUCCUUCAGAGACCAACAACUAUGGCCCCAAUUGCAUCCCUUUGGCUCCUACUGAUCUUUCUUCUUCUUGGUUCAACACCAAAUGCAAAACCAAUUUCGACAUUUUUUCCCAGAGCUGAAAAUUACCAAUCUUUAACCAAACUUUCUAGAAUUUCUAAGCCUAAGAUCCCUUUCAAGGCUCAUUAUUUCCCUCAAGUUUUAGACCAUUUCACGUUCCAGCCAAAAAGCUAUAAAAUUUUCUACCAAAAGUAUCUUAUGAAUAGCCAGUAUUGGCAUAGAGAAGCUCCUAUCUUUGUGUACACUGGGAAUGAAGGGGAUAUUGACUGGUUUGCUGCUAACACUGGUUUCUUGCUGGAUAUUGCUCCUAAAUUCCGGGCUCUCCUUGUCUUCAUUGAACAUAGAUUUUAUGGGGAGUCGAUGCCAUUUGGAAAGGAGUCAUACAAGUCAGCAGAGACACUAGGGUACUUGAAUUCACAGCAGGCAUUGGCUGAUUUUGCAGUUCUGAUAAGGAGCUUGAAGCAGAAUCUUUCUUCUGAGGCAUCUCCUGUUGUGGUUUUUGGUGGCUCUUAUGGAGGAAUGUUGGCAACUUGGUUCAGACUGAAGUACCCUCACAUAGCCAUUGGUGCAUUGGCAUCUUCAGCCCCUAUUUUGCAGUUUGAUGACAUUACUCCAUGGUCAAGCUUCUAUGAUGCUGUCUCCCAAGAUUUUAAGGAAGCAAGCUUGAAUUGCUAUCAAGUGAUAAAAGAGAGCUGGGCAGAGGUGGAGGCAUUGUCAUCUCAGAAUAAAGGGUUAAUUGAACUAAGCAGGACUUUCAGAACUUGCAAAAAUAUCCAUUCACUAGAUUCAGUAUGGGACUGGCUGUGGUCUGCUUUUGUUUACACUGCCAUGGUGAAUUAUCCAACAGAAGCAAAUUUCAUGAUGCCCUUACCUGCAUACCCUGUGAAGGAGAUGUGCAAGAUUAUAGAUGGAUUUCCACGGGGAGCAUCCAAGAUUAGCCGGGUCUUUGCUGCUGCAAGCUUAUAUUACAACUAUUCUCAAGGAGAAAAGUGCUUUCAGCUAGAAAAUGGUCCUGAUGCUCAUGGACUUCAUGGUUGGAAUUGGCAGGCAUGUACAGAGAUGGUCAUGCCAAUGACAUGCUCAAACGACAGUAUGUUUCCACCAUCUGGGUAUGAUUUUAAAGAGUUCUCAGAAGACUGCAAGAACAAAUUUGGAGUCUUGCCUCGGCCGCAUUGGAUCACUACUGAAUUUGGAGGCAAAAGAAUGGAACAAGUGUUGAAGAGAUUUGGCAGUAAUAUCAUCUUCUCUAAUGGAAUGCAAGAUCCAUGGAGUAGAGGAGGUGUCCUGAAAAAUAUAUCUUCCAGCAUCAUUGCACUUGUGACAGAGAAGGGAGCUCAUCAUGUAGAUUUUCGAUCUGCAACCAAAGAUGAUCCGGAUUGGCUCAAGGAGAUGAGGAAGCAAGAAAUGGAGAUCAUUAGAAAUUGGAUAAAUGAAUACUAUGCAGAUUUGAAAACAAAUGAUAGAUAAUGCAUGAACAUGUGCAUAAGUUGGUGCUUCUUAAUUUCUUAUCACAAAAUGUUCAAAAUCCAACGGCUACAAUUUGUAACUUCAUCUAAUUUCACAAAUGAAAGUAAAAGAGGAAGUGGAUAGAUUUAUUUA